AUGGAUCUCCGGAGACUGCCUGGGCUCUGUUUUUUAAUUCUGUGCCUAGGACCCAGCUUUUCUCUUGGGUGUAAAUGGAUUCAGGACGGCGAGUACAAACACAAGAGCAAAUUUUCCCUGACACUGCUGAAAGACAUGGGAGAAAAAGAUGUGUCAGGAGAUGUGAAUAUCAUCAUCCCAGAAGAGCUUUAUAAACUGCACAGCAAAUCAGAGAUUGAGAACAAAAUUUUGAUUCUACAUACAGCGUUAGGACAGAUCCUGAAGCUUUACAAAAAGAGCGAAAAGAGGACCACGUGGGACAAGGACCAACUGAAUCACUUUUUGAGCCUUAUCCAUCGACAGAGCUAUGAGCUUAAUCGUUGUAUGACAAGGGAGGGCUGCGCCGGAUGCAAAGAACUGAAGCAGUAUUUCAAGAAUUUGAAAUAUUUUUUGAGAAGCCAGGUGUAA